GGUCAUUGUCCUUUUUUGUCACAUUGCUAGCAGAAGACAAAGCCUCUGCAUGGAUAAUGGAUCUUCUCUGCAACGCAUAUUCAAAUUCUUCCGAUGAAGAACCCGAAACCGUUCCUAGAAUCGACCCACAAUCCAAACCACUACUCGGACCCCACCAAUUGAACACUGUUCUUCCUCCUCCAAAACGACCCAAACGCAACAACAACCCUCUACAAUUUUCAAGUGAAGCUCCGAUUCCAGGGAGAUACAUAUCCAAGAGAGAACGAGCUCUCAUGGGUCAAUCUGCUUCUGCCUCUAAUCGGGUCAUCCAAGACCCCAAUCCUUAUCCCCCGUUUCCCACUUCAUCUGUUUUGGGAAGUAUUGAGGAUUCAGUUGUUCCCCCUGAUUUUUUAUCAUCCUUGAAACGAGUAAAGGGCCAUGUACAGCUAAAUAAAAUACCUGAAAGGCUGUUUACUGCUCUGCAUAGCCACACAAAGGCUGUCAAUUCUCUCAGUUGGUCACAAAGUCAUGCCCAUCUUCUUGCUUCUGUUGGGAUGGAUCAAACCAUCUGUAUAUGGAAUGUAUGGAGCAGAGACCAAAAACUAGCACGGAUAUUUAGAUUCCAUAAUGCAGCUGUCAAAGAUGUAAAAUGGUCACAGCAAGGAUUAUCUGUGCUUUCUUGCGGAUAUGACUGUGCAUCAAGGUUGAUCGAUGUUGAAAAGGGAGUAGAGACUCAGGUUUUCAAGGAAGAUCAGGUUGUUGGGGUUAUCAAAUUCCAUUCAGACAACUCCAACCUCUUCCUUUCUGGGGGAUCAAAGGGCCACAUCAGAUUGUGGGACAUUAGAACAGGGAAGGUGGUCCACGAAUAUAUCCGAGGUCUGGGUCCAAUACUUGAUCUUGAGUUUAGCAAUGAUUGCAAGAACUUUAUCUCAUCUAGUGAUGUUAGUGGAAGCAAUGUUAGUGAAAAUUCUAUUAUUGUUUGGGACAUCUCGCGACAGGUUCCGCUAUCCAACCAGGUUUACGUAGAAGCCUAUACCUGUACCUGUAUAAGACGCCACCCAUUUGAUCCAAGUUUUGUUGCGCAGUCAAAUGGAAAUUAUAUUGCUAUCUUCUCUUUUAGUCCCCCAUUCAGACUUGACAAGUAUAAAAGGUUCGAAAAUCAUGGUGUAUCUGGGUUCCCCAUUAAGUGCAACUUCAACUUGGACGGCGAGUUGCUUGCAUCUGGCUCUUCAGACGGUUCCAUAUACUUCUACAACUAUAGAUCAUCCGAUCUUGUCAAGAAAAUCAGCGCAUAUGAGCAGGCCUGUAUAGAUGUUGCCUUCCACCCUGUAAUACCUGAUGUGAUUGCUUCCUGUAGUUGGAAUGGGCAGGUUUCUGUGUUCCAGUGAGAGCUUGAUUUCACUUCAUUGUAGGAUAAUGGCUGGCUGCUAGUAAGGUGAUCCAAACAAACAAAACCGAAGGGAAAGAUUUUGAAAGAAUUGUUGUACAUAUUUUUUUAUUUAUAUUUUUGCUUUUAGGAGGUUGAAAAGGAAUGAAUGAAAGUGCGCCGGCCACACUUUCAGGAUGACGUUAAGGGCAAUUCUUUCCCCGCGUUAAGGGCAAUUCUUUCCCCUUUGACAAAAUUGCUAGCCCUGUCCCCCAGCACUGCAAAGAUCUUUAAGGCAUUUUGUGACAUGUUUGCUUUCUUUAUUA